AUGAAACGUCAUGACUCUAGACGAAUAGUCGAGGAGAGUAAAAAAGAUGAAAAAUUAAUAAAAGACCAUUCGAGAAAACAUUCAAUUAGUCCUGAAUGGAAUGAAAAACAGACAACAAAAAACUAUACAGAUUGGACAAAGGGAUCUGUAUCGUUAUCAGUACCUAUUAAAAAACCAACUUCAGGACAAGAAAAUGAGAAUCUAAAACCAACACGACGGUUCAGUAGAUUAGAUCAAACAUUGUUAACAAAACCAAAAGUUGAUAAAAAAAAUUUAUCAGACGAAAUCAAAGGUGUGCUAAAAUAUUGUUUGGCUCAAAUGCAAGGUAUGCGACGUGAAAUGGAAGAUGCUCAUAGCGUCCUGUUAAAAUUCGAUAAUGCCCAUUGGUCAAAAUGGUCGUAUUUUAGUAUAUUUGACGGUCACAACGGAAAACAAGCAGCAAAAUUCGUGGCAAAAAAUUUGCAUGUCCAUAUUAUGGAACAGUUAAAUUCUAUGGUAAAAGUUGAUUUGGGAUUAGAUUCGAGUAGUAUCAAACCAGUUAAAUCAUCCGAAUUAGACAUUGAAAAUUUCUUAACCGUAAUUAAACAAGCAUACAAAGAUACGGAUGAUGCGUUGAGAAAAGUCAUAAAAGAUGAAAGCGGAUGUGUAGCUGUCUCAUGUCUAAUUGGAACAGAGAAGAUUUAUUUUAUGAAUGUUGGAGAUAGCAGGGCGAUUCUGGUCUCACCAGAUGGUAAAGUGGUAAUGGAAACGGAUGAUCAUAAACCGGAUGAUCCAGGUGAAAUAGAACGUCUUCAAAACGUGGCUGAAUCCGGCGUUAUUACCCAACAAGAUGGCGAUAUUAAACGCGUAAGAGGUCUUGCCAUGACUCGAGUAUUUGGCGAUUUUCAAAUAGCCAAAAACAUCAAAGAGAUUGUACCAGCUGAUCCGGAAAUUAUUGAAUUUACGCGUAGCAAAAAAUCUCCUGUGGCAUUUAUUGUUUUGGCUUGUGACGGUAUUUGGGAUGUGAUUACAAACGAAGAAUUAGCUCUAAUUAUCCUUGAUCGUAUGAAUGUUACCGAUAAUUUGUGUGAGAUUACUAAUUAUAUUUUAGAUACAUGUUUGAUUCGAGGUAGUACGGAUAAUAUGAGUUUAUUUUUAAUUAAAUUUCCACAAGGACCAUCUGCAACAGACAACUACAUUGAAUUAGAUAAACGAAUUCGUGAAUAUAUUCAACAUACUUUAGCGGAAAAAAAUGAGAACACAAAUGUUGAAGACAUAUGGAGAAAAUUAAUGAAAAAAUUUGAAACAAAGCUAUUAACUAGAAAAGAGCUCGAACUACUGGACAAUGGUGGAGGAAUUCAAGCGAAACGACAUUUAUUUGUUAAAGCUGUAACAGAAAGUCUGUGA